AACUUUAAUUAAUUUUUUAAUCCACUUUUUUGUUCCCCAUCGAUCUGUUUCUCUCUCUAUACCUUCUCUUCAAAUCUUCAAACCACCGCCCCACGACACAAAAUGCUUGCUUUCACUUGCCAUCGACAUCAUCAUCAUCUUCUUCUUCUUCUUCUUUGUUCCUCUCUUUCAUAUUUGUGUAUUUCUGUAGCUCAAGAAGUGUUUGGCUCUUAUGGGACACAAACUUUCCACCAUAUUGAACGCAAGUAACAUCCAAAGAUCACUUCCCAUUUCCCAUCCCGCUCGCCAAACUCUCCUCAACAAUAACGACUCUGGUGUACCCAGAAAUGGAACUUCCAAUUCGGUUUUCGGGUUUCUCCGCCGGCUUAUGUCCGGAGGUAAAAUUGAUGGGGGGUCACGGACCGAGGCGGAAGAGAAGGUUUACUCGUGGCUGUAUGCCUUGGCAAUGUCGGAUAAGUACUUGGUCUUUGAGUAUGUAGGAUCCACUGAAAGAGGCCUGAGCUUCACUGAAGCUGAGAGGAGAUUGAGAGAAAAUGGCCCAAAUGUUCCUCUUGAUUAUUCUUUUCCAAGAUGGUGGAAUCUUCUUUGGACUGCUUUUUUUCAUCCUUUUAAUAUCAUUCUGAUUGUUUUGUCUGUGCUCUCAUACAUAACCAGUGAUGUUCCUAAUGGAUGCAUCAUGCUUGUAUUGGUUUUUAUUAGUGUCUCCCUUCGAUUCUACCAGGAAUACAGCAGUUCAAAAGCAGCCAUGAAACUUUCACAAUUAGUAAGAUGCCCAGUCAAAGUUCAAAGAUGUGCAGGAAGAGUAGUUCAGACUGAAUUAAUUGUUCAAGUUGAUCAGAGAGAUGUUGUUCCUGGUGACAUUGUCAUUUUUGAACCUGGGGACCUUUUCCCUGGAGAUGUGAGGCUGCUAUCUUCAAAACACCUUGUUGUAAGCCAGUCCUCGCUAACAGGGGAGUCCAUGGCAACAGAAAAAACAGCUGACGUCAGAGAAGAUCAGGGCACUCCUUUACUAGAUUUAAAGAAUAUUUGUUUCAUGGGAACAAAUGUGGUAUCAGGUAGUGGAACUGGCCUAGUAGUUUCUACUGGAUCCAAGACAUACAUGAGUACCAUGUUUUCAGCCAUAGGGAAGAAGAAACCACCAGAUGACUUUGAGAGGGGUGUCCGGCGCAUAUCUUAUGUGCUAAUUGCUGUUAUGCUGGUAGUAGUCACCAUCAUAGUCCUAAUUGACUACAUCACAUCCUAUAAUUUGAGUGAGAGUGUUCUUUUCGGAAUCUCAGUUGCAAGUGCACUCACUCCUCAAAUGCUACCCCUCAUUGUUAACAUAAGUCUUGCUAAAGGAGCACUUUCUAUGGCCAGAGAGAGAUGCAUAGUCAAAAGUGUAACUGCGAUCCGGUACAUGGGAUCAAUGGAUAUCUUGUGCAUCGAUAAGACAGGAACACUCACCAUGAACCGUGCAAUCAUGGUUAACCAUCUCGACAGCGAGGGUUCAUCCAGAGAGAAGGUUCUACAAUUUGCCUUCCUUAACUCCUACUUCAAGACUGACCAGAAGUAUCCUCUGGAUGAUGCAAUUUUGGCAUAUGUAUAUACAAAUGGACACAGGCUCCAGCCAUCCAAGUGGAGGAAGAUAGAUGAGAUACCUUUUGAUUUCAUACGAAGAAGAGUAUCUGUCAUAUUGGAAACAGACUCACAUGCAGAAUAUGGAAACCUCCAAUUAUGUGAUAGAUUCAUGGUAACAAAAGGAGCACUAGAAGAAGUAAUGAAAGUUUGUUCUUUCGUUGAGCAUAUUGAUAAGGGUGAAAUUACAAAUCUCUCUCCUGAAGAUCAUCGGAGGAUUCUUAGUAUGGCAGAAGAAAUAAGCAAUGAGGGACUAAGGACCAUAGGAGUAGCAAUAAAGAGGCUGAAACCGAAAAAUGGUGAUGGAAACUUGGUUGAUGAUGAGACUUUUGAAUCAGACAUGGUGUUCCUAGGCCUCAUAACAUUUUAUGACCCGCCCAAGGACACUGCAAAGCAAGCUUUGUGGCGGUUGGCUGAGAAGGGGGUGAAGGCCAAAGUAUUGACCGGUGAUUCACUCUCCCUAGCAAUAAAGGUUUGUAAGGAAGUAGGCAUCAAAACAACCCAUGUAAUUACUGGACCCGAGCUAGAGCUACUGGACCAGGAUUCCUUCCAUGAGACUGUCAAAAGAGCUGCAGUACUAGCUAGGCUCACCCCAACCCAGAAAUUCAGAGUAGUAAAGUCAUUGCAAACGGUUGGUAACCAUGUUGUUGGUUUUUUGGGUGAUGGUGUAAACGACUCCCUUGCAUUGGAUGCUGCCGACGUGGGUAUAUCAGUUGACUCUGGGGUAUCAGUUGCAAAAGACUUUGCUGACAUCAUCUUACUUGAGAAAGAUCUCAACGUUCUUGUUGCUGGAGUUGAGCAAGGCCGACUCACUUUCGGGAAUACUAUGAAGUACAUAAAAAUGUCAGUUAUUGCCAAUAUAGGGAGUGUUGUUUCACUCCUAAUAUCAACCCUGGUCCUCCAGUAUGAGCCAUUGACUCCAAGGGAGCUUCUUACACAAAACUUCUUGUAUAGUGUAGGCCAAAUUGCCAUCCCAUGGGACAAGAUGGAAGAUGAUUCUGUGAAAACACCACAGAGAUGGUCCAAGAAAGGCUUACCCAUGUUCAUACUAUGGAAUGGACCCGUGUGUACUCUUUGUGAUGUAAGCACCCUCAUGUUCAUUUGGUUCUAUUAUAAGAGUAAGAGUAACACGGUAGAAGAUAUGAGUUUCUUUCGUUCCGCUUGGUUUGUGGAAGGGCUUCUCAUGCAGACUCUAAUUUUCCACUUGAUCCGGACAGAGAAAAUUCCCUUCAUUCAGGAUGUUGCUUCAUGGCCCGUCAUCUGUUCUACAGUGGUGAUUUCUGCCAUCGGAAUAGCAAUUCCAUUCACACCAAUAGGGAAGGUCAUGGGAUUUGUUCACCUGCCAUUAUCAUAUUUUGGAUUCUUGGUUGUUCUUUUUCUUGGAUACUUUUCAGUUGGCCAGGUGGUCAAGAGACUUUACAUCUUGGUUUUUAAAAGAUGGCUUUAGAUAUCCCCGACUGAAUUCACAUGAUGACAAAAGUGCAUCUGCACAAAAAGCUGAUAGGAAAGUGACAUUGAUUGGGAAGAUUUUUCUUUGUAUAUUAUUGAGUGUAACACAUGGUAGCCUCGAGGUUUUUGCAGUUUUAUCAACACUUUCAACUUGUACUCUCUGAUUCAACAACAUUGUUGUGCUUUGCAAUUUUGCACAUAACAGUAUGAACUUGAUGGUUUGAGUGGCCAAAAACAAAGAGAGUCAGCCGCAUUGUAAAUCUUCCUGUUCAAUAUGGGACUUGAUGCAACUCA